AUGCCGCCACCGCCGCCGCAGCCGCCACCCUCACCCCUACACACAAAAUGUCUAACCCCCUCCCCACGCUCCCACCAACACCGCCCCACCGCCACCCCAUCACCACACCGCCGUACACUCAUAAACACUGCUCCAGCCUGCCUACCACCCCAUGCUGCCGCCACUCACACCGCGCCCUACCACCACUACACCAAUACCACCGAAAAACACAACAUGCAACCUACCACCACCAAAAAAAGCCACCCCUAUCCACCACCACCAACACAGCAAAAACACCGGCAAUCACCAACAUCUACCCUGGCCGUCACCAACCCUCCUCUCCACCUGCAACACCGUCUGUCCCUACCACCAAAAAAUCCACCAACCCCCUAUCUCCACACCCUGCCGCACAACCCCUCCCCACCGCCCACACAAAACACGGCAAAUACCCCUCAUCUCCACCCUAAACAUAAAACAAAACACCGUACGUCACCUAUCCCUCACUCCACCCCACAAAACCCACAACACCGCAUAAAACAUUUCCCCACCGUAACCAUGCCCUCAUCACCACCACGCCAAAAUUCCCACCAUCCCGCCACUUACCACGCAUUUCACACCGCCGCCCCAUCCACCGCGCGAAGUGACCCCGCCCGGCCCCGCCAGCCAGCCUUCCCAAGCUACCCGCCCUGGGAGGCCGGCCUGGAGCCUCAGUCUCCCGCCCUGCAGUGGCGGCCGCCCGGCCCCUGGCACUCGAUUGCUCUGGCCGCCCAGCCCGGUCGGGACUCGCCUCAGGCUCUGGCACCUCCUGGCCCCGGGCCCGUAGCGGAACCCUCUGCCCCAGAAUAG